GGCUACUGCGCAUGUGCGGUGUGUGGAUUUGCGUUACUGGGGAGAUUGUUGGGUAACAAACCAGAAGCCGCUGAGGUAGCCAGGAAGAGAAUGGCGAGCUACAAGGCUGCUGAUUCCAAAAGGGAACAAUUUAGAAGAUACUUGGAGAAGGCAGGAGUGCUUGACACGCUUACUAAAAUAUUGGUAGAGCUGUAUGAAGAACCAGAAAAGCCAAACAAUGCACUAGACUUUUUAAAACAGCACUUAGGUGCUGCAGGCCCAGAAACGCCAGAUGUGGAAGCUUUGCGUUUGGAGGUCGCAGAACUGAAACAAAAGUAUGAUGCUGUUCUAGAGGAAAAUAAAGAACUGAAAGCAAAGCUUUCCCAACACGAACCUCCAUCUGAUGAAAAACGAGCUGAAUGAGCUUAUCUUGAAUUCCCUUAUUUAAAUGCUGCACUGGAACUGUAAAUAAUAUAUACAGCUAGGAAUUAUUCUGUUUUGGGGGACAUGGGAACACUUAUCUUCGUUUUUUUUUUGGUUUAUUACCUUAA